UUUUAAUAACUUGUAUUUCACAAGGUCCUGUGGCGCAACGGAUAACGCGUCUGACUACGGAUCAGAAGAUUCCAGAAUCGAGAGUUGUUGAGCGAGAUUUAGUCACAGCCGGCAGUGAUCGUGUGACGCGUCCAACAUAUUGGUCUAACAUGAGCGACAACGUGGUAGCCGAUGUGCAAAAUCUAUCUUUGACGGAGGAUAAGACGAAAGCAAUGAGAGCAGCAAAUAAGAAGAAAAAUGUGGUGGAAAAGUCUGUAUCUGAGCUUAAGCCUUGGCCGUCCUACAUUCAGGAUCGUAUUGUACUGUGGGAUAAACUAAAAAAGGAAUACGAAGAUGCAUUAGCUGCAAAAAUUCCUGAGAACAUAACUGUGACUCUCCCAGAUGGCAAGGAAAUUCCCGCUGAAUCUUGGCGUACGACUCCUUAUGAUGUGGCAAGAAGCAUUAGCCAAGGAUUGGCGGACAAUAUUGUAAUUGCAAAAGUCAAUAACGUAUUAUGGGAUCUUGAUCGACCAUUAGAAUAUGAUUGCAAAUUGCAAUUGUUGAAAUUUGAUGACCCGGAAGGUCAGCAGGUAUUUUGGCAUUCCAGCGCUCAUAUUCUCGGUGAAGCUAUGGAAAGAGUUUAUGGCGGUUGUCUCUGUUACGGUCCUCCUAUUGAGAACGGCUUUUAUUACGAUAUGUUCCUGGGUGAUAAGGGCAUUUCCAACACGGACUUUCCAUAUUUGGAAAGUCUCUACAAGAAUAUAGCCAAGGAGAAACAGCCGUUUGAACGACUAGAAAUGACGAAGGAGGAUCUGUUGGAAAUGUUCAAGUACAAUGAAUUCAAGGUGCGGAUUAUAAAUGAGAAGGUACAGACGCCCACUACUACGGCUUAUAGAUGUGGUCCGCUGAUUGAUUUGUGCAGGGGACCGCACGUCAGGCACACGGGCAAGAUAAAGGCCAUUAAGAUCACGAAAAAUUCGUCUACGUACUGGGAGGGAAACGCUAGCGCGGAGUCACUUCAGAGGUUGUACGGAAUAAGUUUCCCAGAUACUAAACAAUUGAAAGAGUGGGAAAAGUUCCAAGAGGAAGCAGCCAAGCGUGAUCACAGAAAGAUUGGGAAAGAGCAGGAAUUGUUCUUCUUUCACGAGUUGUCGCCUGGUUCUUGUUUCUUCCAACCGCGCGGCGCGUAUAUAUACAAUGCUCUGAUCGAAUUCAUACGUUCUGAGUACAGGAAGAGAGGAUUCCAGGAAGUGGUCACCCCGAACAUGUUUAACAGCAAACUGUGGCAGACUUCGGGACACUGGCAGCAUUAUGCCGAGAAUAUGUUCUCUUUCGACGUGGAGAAGGAGACUUUUGCGCUGAAGCCUAUGAACUGUCCAGGUCAUUGCAUGGUAUUCGACGUUCGAUGUAGAUCAUGGCGCGAGUUGCCGUUCAGACUGGCGGAUUUUGGCGUGCUGCAUCGUAACGAACUCUCCGGCGCAUUGACGGGUCUCACUAGAGUGAGACGUUUCCAACAAGACGAUGCGCACAUUUUCUGCUCCAUCGAUCAGAUUAAAGACGAAAUGAUGGGCGCUCUUGACUUUCUGAGGCACGUUUAUUCCGUCUUUGGCUUCACGUUCAAUUUAUACCUGGCCACGCGACCCGAGAAGUACUUGGGUGAUGAAGCCCUCUGGGAUCAGGCCGAGAAAGCGUUGGAGGAGAGUUUGAAUGCGUUUGGUCAACCGUGGAUUCUUAAUCCUCAGGAUGGCGCAUUCUACGGACCCAAAAUCGAUAUAACUAUCCUGGAUGCACUUAAAAGGCCUCAUCAAUGUGCUACAAUACAAUUAGAUUUCCAGUUGCCCAUUAGAUUUAAUCUGUCUUACGUUAACGAAGCAGGGGAGAAAAUACGACCUGUUAUUAUACACAGAGCUAUUCUCGGUUCUGUAGAGCGUAUGAUUGCGAUCUUGACCGAAUCGUACGGAGGAAAAUGGCCGUACUGGCUUUCUCCUCGGCAAGCAAUGAUUGUACCAGUAGCAUCGCAAUUUGACGAUUAUGCUUAUGAAGUGAAACAAAAACUGUGGAACGCUGGUGUUAUGGUAGAAGUUGACACUGAUCCGAGUGAUACAUUGAACAAGAAAAUUCGCAAUGCUCAGCUUGCACAGUUCAACUUUAUACUUGUUGUUGGAGAAAAGGAACGUAAUGCUGGCACAGUGAACAUUAGAACGAGAGACAAUGUGGUGCAUGGUGAAAUGGCGGUGGAAGAAUUAAUUGCAAAAUUAAAAGUUUUGAAGGAAACGAGAGAUCAAAGCAGCGAAUUAAAACGUUAAUUUGAUGUCUCACAUUAAAAUGAAUUUAAUUCUGAGUACUAUUUAUUUUUAACUAGUAUUUGAUUCUUGGUAAAUUGUAUUUGAUUAAUUUUUUAAAUUAUUUUUUUUUAAACGUGUAUUUUUUAUUUUUCGUAUAUCGUUUAAUAUGGGUUAAUAGGUACCGCAAAAAAGCAGAAAUAAUGAUGGAUGAUCACGAAAGAAAUUAAAUUUCAUAAAACGUAAAGUUUUGCAUUUAUUGUUCUUCUUGAAUGAUAUGAAAUCUCAUCUUCGUAAUAUUUUGUUAAGGAUAUUAUAAUAUACAUAUAUUAUAUACA